AUCCGGGUAUUGGAAUCGGGUGACGCGUCUUCGCUCCAUGACUGACUGCUAACAACUCAAACAAGCUACAAGUUAUCAAAACAAAAAAAGACAAGCUGAUGUACAAAGGACAAACAUAUCCCUCCCACCCGUAAAUGCAGACCAAAGUUACGUCAGCGAACUUACUCCUGCUUUCUAUGAAGUGAAUCGUCAACUAAAGAUAAAGUCACUCAAGGAAGCCAAAUCUGGUUCAGGGCCAUCCAACGCUUCAUGCACAUCGUUAAGAGGCUGAAAACUGAAGACAAGAAAGGAGACAGACAGAGGAGAAACGUUACAACAACUUGGGAGGUUCCACUAUGACUGCAAAAAAAUUUCUCUCAAACUCCGAUUGUAAUCCGAACAUGUCUCCGCAGCAUUAGAGAAGCGCUGGCAAGCAUGCCGGUGUUGAACGAGCUCUCCGACAGCACAGAGGUUGUGGAGAUGGACGAUGUGACUUCGACCCUUUUCCAGGUGCAAAAGCAUACGUGGGUCGGACUGCAAAAAAUCAUUCGCGCCCGUCGCCAGAACAUAGGCGUUCUCGUCAACAAGGCGCCAUAUGACUUCCAGUUUGUCCAAAAGGACGAGGCCGGCGGGCAUUCCCAUCGUAUCUAUUACCUCGGUGUGCCUUACCACAUUGGGGGCAGUCGGGAAAACGUCUUGCUCUACUCUGACAUUCCCAAGAAGGUACAAAAAGAUCCCCUUCUCCUUUGUCAUCUGCUGGAUGACUUUAAGGCCAGCCCUAACUCCAACGUUUUCUCAAGGGAGGAGGAGCUUCUGCGAGAGAGGAAGCGAUUAGGGGUCUCUGGCAUCAUAUCUUAUGACCACCACCGAUCAACGGGACUUUUCCUGUUCCAGGCCAACAGCAGGCUUUACUACUGCGUUGACGGUUCCGAUAACGACUUCAAACAAGAGCCAAUGAAGCCUUGUGAGAUUACGAGUCAAUGUUCAGGCCCACGCAUGGAUGCCAAAAUCUGCCCGGCCGAUUCGAACUUGAUCAGUUUUGUCCACAAAAAUGACAUUUGGCUGAGCAGCAUCAAGACGCGUGAAGAAAAGCGGCUCACCUUCUGCUGUAAAGGCCUUGAUAAAUCAAACGCGGAUGCCAAAACUGCUGGCGUGGCCUCUUUUGUCACUCAAGAGGAAUUUGAUCGUUACACUGGAUACUGGUGGUGUCCGGCAGCGGAAGAUGGAUCUGAUGGUGGAAAAACAGUGAGGAUUUUGUUUGAGGAAGUGGAUGAAUCAGAGGUUGACAUCAUCCACGUUCCAGCUCCAGCUCUGGAGGAAUGUAGUACGGAUGUGUACCGAUACCCACGCGCAGGCAGCAAGAACCCGACCGUUACCCUGAAAUUAGCUGAAAUCAAGAUCAACAAUCUUGGCAAUAUUGUCAGCACACAGGAGAAAGAGUUGCUUGUGCCUUUUGCAAGCUUGUUCCCCACUGCGGAAUACAUCACCCGAGCUGGAUGGACUAAAGAUGGUCGAUAUGCAUGGGCAGCCCUGGUGAACCGAAGACAGCAGCAUCUCCGAUUGGUCCUGUUACCUUUGUCGCUCUUCAUUCCUGUCGACCUGGACAACGCCACAAGACUGGAGAGCCUGGAGGCUGUUGGGGACACGGCUCACCCGCUCAUCAUUUACCAACAGAAGAGUGACAUCUGGAUCAAUGUCCAUGAUGUCUUCUACCCAUUCAAUCAAAGCAACGAUGAGGAGCUCACAUUUCUCACUGUCAACGAGUCCAAAACAGGUUUCUGCCACCUGUAUAAGGUCACCACGCUGUUGGAAUGGGGCAGUUACAACUGGACCAAAGACUACACACAUUCUGAAGAUCAUUUCAAAUGCCCAAUCAAGGAGGAGGUGGCACUGACGAGCGGGGAGUGGGAGGUGUCGGCCAAUCACGGCUCAAAGUCGUUGUCCAGCCCUCAGAUUUGGGUGGAUGAGACCAAAAAGGUGGUGUACUUCCAGGGAACAAAAGACUCGCCCCUCGAGCAACACUUGUACGUCGUGAGCUACGAGUCACCGGGAGAAAUCGUGCGACUCACCAAGCUCGGGUUCUCGCACAGCUGCUCCGUGAGCCCAGCAUUUGACCUGUUUGUGAGCCACUACAGCAGCCUGACCAGCACACCUUGCGUGCACGUCUUCAAGCUGAACAGCUCAGAAGGAAACCCCUUGCACAAAGAGCCCGAGUUCCUGGCGUGUCUGAUGGAGCCUUCUGAUCUCCCGCCUAAUCACAGCCAUCCCGAGAUUUUUAGCUUCACGGGGAAGUCCGGCUUUCAGCUUUAUGGCCUCUUGUACGAACCACACGGUUUGGUUCCGGGGAGGAAAUAUCCUACUGUCAUCUUCGUCUAUGGUGGUCCUCAGGUCCAGUUGGUGAAUAAUUCAUAUAAAGGCAUCAAAUACCAGCUGAUGAACACUUUGGCAUCCCUUGGUUACGUUGUGCUCAUCAUCGACGGGCGGGGCUCCUCUCAGCGAGGACUCGCGUUUGAAGGAGCUGUAAAGGACAAAAUGGGUCAGGUGGAGAUUGAAGACCAGGUGGAGGGUUUGCACUACAUAGCGGAAAAGUACAAGUGUGUGGACUUGAAACGUGUUGCCAUCCAUGGCUGGUCCUAUGGAGGCUUCCUCUCUCUCAUGGCUCUCAUUCACAGACCUGAUAUCUUCAAAGUUGCCAUCGCAGGAGCUCCAGUCACAAUGUGGACGUCUUAUAACACCGGUUACACAGAGCGCUACUUGGAUACCCCCGAAAACAACCAGAAGGGCUACGACGCUUCCUCGGCGGCACUUCACGUCAACAAGUUCCCUAAUGAACCAAACCGACUACUGAUCCUGCAUGGAUUUCUUGACGAGAAUGUUCACUUUUUUCACACUAACUUUCUGGUGUCGCAACUCAUCCGGGAAGGGAAACCGUACAGUCUUCAGGUUUAUCCGAAUGAACGGCACAGCAUCAAAUGUCCAGAGUCUUCAGAAUAUUAUGAAAUCACGCUGAUGCACUUCCUCCAGGAGAACCUCUGAUCUUACACACACUUAUGAUGCACACACGACUCUGUUCCAACAGGGGACGCUGUUGUGCAUCUGUUUUUAUGCACAAAAAGUCUUGAGCUACUUAAUGAAUGUUGUACUUUCUAGUAGAAAGUCUCUACUCGUAUUUAUAUUCAUAUUCUAAACUUUUGGAAAGUACUUUUGAGUUACAACAUAAGACAUACUAGACCACAAUAUUUUCAUUUUUAUUGUCCAUUUUGCCCUUAUAAUUAAAUGGAGUUUUAUUUUUUUUAAUCAACAAAGUCAUUAUUUUUGUUAGUUGUCAUUGAGGUUGUCUAAGUACUGUGCUAUUUUGUCAAACCUUGAUUAAAAAAUAUAUAUAUAUUUGUGCAAAGGA